CUGGAAGGCAGCCACAACUCGGCAAAAGUAUCUGGAAUCCCUGCCUUUCCCUGCCCCAGCCUCGCCUCGGAGCUGGAAAUCCCUUCUUCGCCGAAGUGAUGAUCACUGGCCCAAUUUCAUUCUCCAUGUGGAAGACAAUUUGUGGGUGGGGAGGAGGGGAGAGGCGAGGCGAGAAGGGCUUGCGCGCAUGCCGGAUGGAAGAUGUGUAGGGUUGUACUUUUCUGUUUCACUCGAUUUUGAGGAUUUUGGUGGCAGUGGACAGUUGUACUUGUGGGAUGUACAUCAGUCGACUUUAGAGAAGAACUCUGUAAGCGGAAGGGGUUCGGAAUUCUUUGGGGUUUAUCAGGAUGACGGCCGCAACCGGGGUUCCGAAGGAGCUGAAUUGCAGACUGCUAUAAUCACUUAUAGGAAUCGGUUUCCGUGGUCACUGUUCCGGCCGCAGCAGGUGGACUUGGUGGCAGCAGUUCAUAUUGCUGAUAGGGAGUACUUCUCGUCUUUACAGAAAGAAUUGAGUAAGUAUGAUCGUGUAUUAUAUGAAAUGGUAGCAGAUAAGGAUAAGGAACAAACCAAUAGACUUGGGAAGAUGAGAUGGAAGCCGCCGAGAAGGCUUCCUGGUCGUCGUGGUGGUCAAGGUUUUAGUAUAAUAGGCACGAUUCAGCGAACGAUGGCAUCCCUUCUUACUUUGGAGUUCCAGUUAGAAUGCAUGGAUUACCGCCGUGAAAAUUGGUACCAUGCUGAUCUCGACUACGACACUUUCGAAAUUUUGCAGCGGGAGCGUGGGGAGUCGUUUCUUUCUUUUGCGAAGGAUUUGACUGCCAGUGCAAGUAAAGCGAUCACAAAAGCUGCUCUUGCUCCGAAUCCUGGUCUAAACCCAUGGCAGCAAAGGUUGCAAUGGAUGUCACGAGUGAUACCAAUGCCAUUGGUCGGAUUGCUUUUGAUAGAGGGCGUCUGUGCACCUUCAGAAGCACCUCUUAAGGCAUCACCAGAGAUGAAGGCGCUUUUGGACCUGGACAUUCCUGGCGCUUUUAAAGUGUUCUUGGCUAAACAAAUUAGUUCUGAUUUGACAGAUAGCACAUCAUCAUUGGUGGAGAAUUCGGUGAUCAUCGGCGAACGGAACCGAAUCGCUAUGGACGAACUUGAAGCUUCCUUUAAGGAGGGUUGCAAGAAGGUUGCAAUAUUUUACGGCAGCGGGCAUUUACCAGAUAUGGAUCGUCGGCUGCGAGAGCAGUUCAAUCUGGAGCCUACGGGGAUCAACUGGCGGACUGCAUGGGCUAUCAAGGGGCGCAAACUCAACGCUGCUGGCAAUUUCUCUGCGAUAUUAAGUUCCUUGGCCGAACGUUCUGGAUGGGCCUUGAACAGAUACCAGACUCUCGCGUUGCUGCUUAUCUCGGCGGUCUUAGCCCUGGAUCUCUGGUUUUGGGAGCUCUUCCUUGGCACUUGCAACGACUCUCUUCAGAGCUCAUUGCACUUUAUUGUGGGAUUGCUUGACAAAGGCUGGACAUUAUAAACUUUGACCCGUUGCCGGCUCUAGUGAGAGGAGAUAUUUAUUACGAUUGUGAGUGUAUUUCGCUGUUGGCGUGCUACUCGAUCCCUGGCUUGUUUCUUCGGUGCCUUUGUCAUUGGUAAUCAUCUUCAACUAUUAUAAAUAGGGUACGUUCCUUUUUUUUGCAA